AUGCCUCCCCGUCGUCGCAAUGCUGCGGCCGAGCCCGAGCCUGAACCCGAAGCUCACCAGCCCUCCGACACCGAAUACGAUCGAACGUCUCCCGGCUCCUUCGAAGAAUACGACCCCGUGCCGCAAUUCUUCGGCACCACCUUCACCACCCACCGUGUCUCGCCUCUCUACAUUGGCGCCGGCGCCUUAAAAACCACUCGACUGACUACUUUAUCACAACGACUGCGCGACACGCUGGUGGGGGACGUGGUUAGAGGUGUGCAGGUCGGCCUCGAGGGCAACGAUAGCUCCGUUGGCCGUCUGGGAUCGUUGGAGAAGGUCAGGUUUCGCUGGGUCGGCGUGGAUGCGCUCCUCGGCGGCGCAGAAGACCCGGAGGCAGAUGUUAGCCGUGACCUCCGCAGCGAUUCCGUCGGUGGUGGAAUCUCAAGUACGAAGAGGGCCCUGGUUCUCGAGAUGUCAUACGAGAACGGGUUUUGCAGUGCUGUGCUGCUGCCGUCGUCAACGGAGAAGCGCCCAGAAGCGUCAGACGUGAUACAGCCCACGAAUCUGCUCAACGUCCCCGGAUCGCUGGCAGGCACCACCUCGACAGAUGACGGCCACUUCUUGCACCUACCGCUUCUUCUCCUGCGCAUGCCGACGCCGUUAAAAGUCGUCAUCAUCGAUUUUUUAUCCAGCGUCUUCGAUUGUCGCAUCAGCCCUAUGCGGUUGGGUACGAAAUUUCUCGCCGCGGCGUGGGAGAGAUGGAUCGAAGAUGCAGGCCUUCCUUCUGAGGGCCCGCUGGCAAAAGACCUGGUCUUGACUCUGGGCUUCUACAUACCCCCUGCCGCGUUAGAAGAUGGCGAGAACGACCUGCCGGCUGAAGGGCUGGGGAUCAAAUCUAUCGAAGUCGUCAUUCUGGCCGACGACCUGGAAAGGUUUGCCAAGGAGGGCAGGACACCCGCGAACGACACAACAACGAAGCGGAAAGCGUUUACGCAAGGCUACGAGAAUGACGCGAGGAAGCGGAAGAGGCUCGCAGGUGGCAAGUCAGACGAGGGCUGGGGUUGGAGACAUGACGGAAACCAGCAGGACCAACAGCUAUUCCUCAACGCUGUUGGCACCUACUUGGACAAGCAUCUCGCCCUAAAUCUGUUCCACCCCGGUGUGAGGAUUACCAAGGUCAGCUGCGGAGGCUUUGUGCUCGCCGAAGGACGAUUCAGAUUGCAUACACCUCCUGGUGACGAGGAUGAAGUCUUCGAGCCUGCAAGGAAUCUGGUUGAGAGCCUCGUGGCCAGCGCUGCCAGUUGA